AGCUUUCUAGUGUGGACCCAUAUCCUCUGUAUAUAUAAAAAGAGAAUCAGAAACCACAAAGUAGGAAAACAAAUAUUGCAGUCUAUCAGCAAUGGAAAAGAAGGGUACUGAUAUCCAAGAAUUGCCAGAAGGUUGCAUAGCAGACAUCUUCUCUUUUACAACCCCUCGUGAUGCUUGCAAUCUCUCUACAGUCUCUUCCAAGUUCAAGAAUGCAUCUCUAUCCGAUACCGUUUGGGAGAGCUUCCUGCCUCAGGAUUAUAACUCUAUUAUCUCUCAAUCCUCUCAUCCUUCUCUCUUGUCAUCUUGCUCUUCCAAGAAACAUCUCUUUCUCAGCCUCUGCCAAAAACCAAUCAUCAUCGACAACGGCAAGAAGAGUUUUUCUUUGGAUAAACGGAAUGGGAAGAAGUGUUAUAUGCUUUCUGCAAGGGAUCUCAAGAUUAGCUGGGGUGGUACUCCUACGUACUGGAGAUGGAUUUCUGACCCUGAUUCCAGAUUUGGUGAGGUGGCAGAGCUAAUUAGUGUGUGUUGGCUAGAAAUCAGUGGCACAAUUAGUACAAGUUUGUUAUCUCCAUCAACAAUGUAUUCAGCUUACCUUGUGUUCAAGCUUAAUGAAAGGGCCUACGGAUUACAUGAUCCUCCUGUGGAGGCAAUAGUUAGAGCUGGUGAUGGAAGUGAAAUCAAUAAGCGUAUAAUUUAUUUGGAUGCUGAUACAAAUUUAAGGGGUGUUAGGCAAGAGCCUCUUCUUUUAAGAACACGACAUGGAUUGUUUGGCCCCAGCGACAUUGCGGAGGAGUCGGAAACACCUGAGCAUAGCGGAAAUGACGGGCAGCAGAGUGGCUCAAAGGAGAGAGGAGAUGGGUGGUUGGAGGUUGAAUUGGGCGAGUUCUUUAACCGGGAUGGCAAUGGCGAGGAAUUGGAAAUGAGUGUUCUGGAGGUGAAGGGUGGUAAGUGGAAAGGUGGUCUCAUUGUUCAAGGUAUAGAGAUAAGGCCUAAGUAGAGUUGUUGAUCAGAUCAGCAAAAGGGCGACAACAGAUGCAUCUCAUCUUUACCCUCAGCUUAAGCAACGAUUGGAGGUGAUUCGGGCAUCUCUCGGCUUGAGCAAUGACAGAGUUGGGGGUCGUCCUUGGGGAUCAACAUUUUGUUGAUUAUGUUGGCAAGAAACAUUAAGCUGAUAAUUAGGUGAAGGCUUCAGAAUGAAAAUGUGUAUUAAGCUAAUUUCCUCUAGGGUUCUAUGUAUGUAAAGUAAACUUAUAAUAAGAACAGUACAAAAAGGGACUGUUAUAUUUUUA